AUGUUUACGUGUAACACUUGUAAUUUGCAGUUUCCUGCAUCUGAGGACCAAAGAACACAUAUGAAAUCAGAAUGGCAUAGGUAUAACUUGAAAAGAAAAGUUGCACAACUUCCACCAAUUAAUGAGGAUCUCUUCAAUUCCAAAGUAGCCGCUGCUGCCGCUCAGAAACCAGAUGAUGGGACCAAGGAGAAACAUACGACAAAGAAGGAGCAGAGACGGAAAGAAAAAGCAGAGAUCUUGGAGAAAAAGAGGGCAAUCUUGGAACAAGCUAAAAAGGCGAUGCUUGCUGAGCAAAACAUUCAAGGUGGUGAAGAAGGACGGAAACUUGAUAAUUUGAGACAACAAACUGGACUGACAAACAGUGAAAACCUGACAUUACUGAAUAUUUCUAAGACUGUGGAGACUGAUGACAAUAAGGACAAUGAAGAAGUUCAGAAAACUCAAGAUACUCAUGAGGGUGAAGGAAAUGGAGAAGGUGAGCUUGAUCCAGAGCAUGAAGAAGAAAAGCUUUUACAACAGAAACUUGCCAACAAACUUGAAAUACCGCCAACGAGUUGUCUUUUUGCACACCCCAAAUAUGGACACAAUUUUAAUACAGUUGAUGAAAAUGCAGAACAUAUGUUUAAACAACAUGGGCUAUACUUACCUGAACCUACUUAUUUGGUUGAUAAGCAAGGUUUGAUUGAAUACUUGGCAGAAAAAAUUGGGUUUGGUUUUUGUAUUGCCUGUAAUUAUCAAGGGAAAAACGCCGAAGCUGCAAGAGAACACAUGCAGACCAAGAGGCAUAUGAGGAUUCCAUAUGAGUCAGAGGAUGAAAAAUUGGAGAUUUCUAAAUUUUACGAUUUCUCAUCUACUUAUGAUGAUUACCGUAAUAAUAGUAAUAAUAAUAGUGAUUCUAGCACUCAGCGUAAGCCAUCCAACGUUAUAAGUGAAGGAGAUGAUGGUGAGGACGAGGAGGAGUGGGAAGAUGUGAGUGGAGACGAAGAUGUUGACUCUGACGAAGAAGAGUUACCACCGGUUGAAAAUGAUGCAAUUUACAGGGCUGGAAACGAGCUAAUAUUACCUUCGGGUGCCAUUGUGGGACACAGAUCGAAUGCGAGAUACUAUAGACAAAACCUUGCACCUGAGAGGGAGUUAUCAGAGGGACAAGGAACUGUGAUUGCCGCAGAAACUAGACACAUGUUAAGUUUAAGAGAUAGAGUAGAAUUGGCCGAAAAGAAGAGAACUUGGAAGUCGGAGAAGAAGAGAGAGGAUAUUAAUGAUAGACGUGCCGCUAAAUUUAUCAACAACCAACCUCAUUUUAGAGACCAGCUCUUACAAUAG